GCGCAAUGUCUUUUUUGUCACAGUGCUGUCAAAAAUGGAGAAGAAGAAAGAAGUUUAAUUCGGUGGUUCCUUUUGUUCCUACAUUUCUCCCUUUUUCCGAUUCCAAAACAAUCACAAGAGUCUUGUGGAAUACGCCAUGAAAAUUGGACCGGAGACAAUGGAUCUGGACUUGUAUGACAAUGAAGAUAAAUUCUUCAUUCCACAAGAUCAUCUCAAAGGAGAAAUCUGUGAUUUUGAAAUCGACCCGUUCCUCACAAUCGGUAUAGUUCCUAUUGAAAAUGAAAGCUUUAGUGAUAUACUUGCAAUCGAUGUGAAGCCAUUGGACUACAACAUUCCAAAAGAUGAAGAAGACACACCCCUGAAAGAUGAAGUCAGGCAGUAUCUCGAAGUUGAGGCAAACACAGCAAUAGUCCCAUGUAGUACUCCCCCAAAGGGGGAUGUAGAGAAUGUAUCAGGAGAGAGCUUUCACUGUUCCGAAUGCAUGAAACCCUGCUCAAAUAGACUGGUACUUCGUGCUCAUCUCCGAAGGCACCUCAAGGAGUCUCAAUUCAAGUGCAAAAUCUGCAAUCUCUCAUUUCGCUAUGCUGGGAAAUUAGUGGAGCACUCAGCGUGUCAUUCAACUGCUGACGAGCCCCACAGAUGUCCCGUCUGUAAGACUGUCUUUGAGAAUCUGAAAGAACUGAAAGACCAUGUCAAUAAUACUCAUGAAAAACUUCAAAUGUGUGACCUGUGUGGGAAGAAUUUUCGCUCCCGGAAAGCCCUCAAGGAUCACCUGCGCCUCCAUUCAGGUGACAAACCCUACAAAUGCGAAGACUGCGACAAAACCUUUGCCACAGCAUCACAUCUUUCGAGUCAUAGAAGAAUCCACAGGACUGCCAAACUACAUAAAUGCGAAAAAUGUGGCUCUGAGUAUACGAGGUCGUAUGACCUGAAAAAGCACACAAUGAGAAAUUGUGGAAAGGCAAAUGGCAAUAAAAGGAGAAGAAAAGGAAAAUCAUCAACAUCGGGAGUACUGCCAUGUCCAUGUUGUACAAAAAAUCAAGAUAAUUCGGUGAAAAAGAAAUUAAUUGGUGAUCAUUUGAUGAGACACAAAAUCUUCAAUUCCUACAAAUGCAAAUACUGCGACCAAACAUUCUACAAUCCCAAUGAUUUCAUUCAGCACGAAUUAUUUCACACGGGAAAAUUCCCUCUGUACUGCAUGUUCUGCAAUGAUAUCUGUGAAAGCCAAGAAUUAGCAGAGGUCACGGGGAGGAAUCACAAGACACGGGUUUUGUGUGAAAUUUGUGGGAAUCUCUAUAGGAGGGAGAACACCCUCGUUGGUGGUGAUCAUCAGAUUGGAAAAGAGAAAGAAGCAACAGCAGAAGCAUUGAGUCCAAUGGAGAAAAUUGACUUCACGUGGAUACUAUCACAGCAAACACCUCACGAAUCAUUCCGAUGUCCGGAAUGUGGAAAAACGUUCCUCAGAAAGAAUCUCUUCAACGUUCACGCGAAGAGGCACAAAAUAGCCACUCAGUACAAAUGUGAACACUGCAACCUCGCAUUUCGCUAUGCCAGUCAACUUGUUGUGCAUAUCCUUGAUCAUCCGGAAAAAGUCACCCUACAGUGUCCCGUGUGCGGUAACUUUUUCCAAGAUCAAGAUAGUCUGGAGAAUCAUGUACUCCUGACGCAUGAGAAUGUUCUUGUUUGCGACAUUUGCGGAAAAUCCUUUAGGAGUGACAUCUCAUUGCGCAAUCACACGCGUACCCACACUGGUUUUCGUCCGUACGAAUGUCCAGAGUGUGGAAAAACAUUUACUACAUCCUCGCAUCUCUCCAGUCAUAGGAGAACCCAUCGCACACAGAAGCAAUUCAAGUGCGACGAAUGCAAUUUACUCUUCACCCGAGAAACCCAUCUGAGGAGACACAUUUUGGGCAACAAAUGCAAAGGGCGCGACGAGAAAAAGACUCCGAAACGCCUUGGAUGUUCCUCAUGCCCAGACAGUUUCACCUCGAAGAAGGGUUUGAAGCAGCAUAUCGAGAGUAUGCACAAUCAGAGCACUUUGAAUGAAGCUUAGACGUGAAAGUUUAUAAUGAAUGAAUCAUUCAUGUAUCCUAUCUAUUCCUAUUAUACGUAGUAUUAUUACAA